GGGCGAUGUUUGGCAAUGAGUGGGAGGCCCUGGGAGGGCUUCUCAAUAAGCCCAAGGCUGUGGUGUCUCCCAGGGAGACCCCUGAUCUGUAAGGGGCAAGGCAAGGGGAGGCUUGGGAGUAAAGCACUCUCUGCUUCAUGCUUAGGGAGAAGGAAGGUGCACUAUUUGUUCCCAGACGGGAAGGAAAUGGCCGAAGAAUAUGAUGAGAAGACAAGUGAACUGCUUGUAAGAAAGUGGCGUGUAAAAAGUGCCCUGGGAGCCUUGGGCCAGUGGCAGAUUGAGGUGGGAGAGCCAGCACCCCACGGAGCAGGGAACCUGGGGCCUGAACUCAUCAAGGAAAGCAAUGCCAAUCCCAUCUUCAUGCGCAAGGACACCAAGACGUGUUUCCAGUGGCGGAUUCGAAACCUCCCCUACCCUAAGGAUGUCUAUAGUGUCUGUGUGGACCAGACGGAGCGCUGUGUUGUUGUCAGAACAACCAACAAAAAGUACUACAAGAAGUUCUCCAUUACUGAUCUGGACAGAUACCAGCUACCUCUGGAUGAUUCUUUGCUGAGCUUUGCUUAUGCCAACUGCACUCUGAUCAUUUCCUACCAGAAGCCAAAGGAAGUCCUGGUGGCCGAGUCAGAGCUGCAGAAGGAGCUGAAGAAGGUGAAGAUGGCCCACAGCAGCGAUGGGGACUGUAAAACCCAGUAGUGGACCCUGAGCCUGCACCUCCGGCAUGGAGGGUGAGUGAGCUCUCCUGUCACCUGUAAGACUCACAGCCUGGGCCUUUCCGGCACUGGGGCAGCCUCCUCUCUUCCAGCAGCUCUACAAGCUCUGUAAGAACUGGCCCCGGGGCACUCCUGGCCCCUGCAUCAUGGUGGACUCUCCUGAGUAAAGUUCUGAGUUACUGCGGGAACACUG